AUGUCAUCUUCAGCUACUACUGCCGUAUCUCCUGUAUUAAUGGAAACUACUACCUCUCAAAUGGGUAAUCUCAGUCUUAUGGGCAACUCUGGUGUCCCACUUGGAGACAUUAGACAACAGCCCCCUCUUGUCAUAGAGUCUUUCAAGAUUAUGGACAUUUUCUCUCAACUCUACAACGCAAAGGAUUUCAACUCGAUCGACACCUUAUUGAAUACUGGUCGUGUUAGCGUCAACUCUCAAAACCAACAAGGUUUGUCGUUGUUGCAACUCGCCGUAUCCGAUAACAACAUGGUCUAUGUUCAGUAUCUUUUGUUUAAGGGUGCCAACCCAAACAUCACCGAUAUCAACCAAUCCACCCCACUCCACACUGCCAGUUCAAUGGGCAACAUCAACAUGCAACAAUUACUUUUACAAGCUGGUGCUAUUGUCGACGUACAGGAUCAAGAAGGUGAAACGCCAUCUUACUACUCUGUUCGUGAGCAAAAACAUGCUUCACUCUUGUUACUCAUCAAGAAUGGAGCAAAUGUCAAUGCCACCAACGAGGAUAGUGAGACAUUGUUGCAUCUCGCCAGUCAGCUGGGAGAUCUUUCGAGUGUUCAGAUUCUUGUUCAAAGUGGUGCCAAUCUCAAGUUGGUCGACUCUGAUGGUGUUACGGCGAUUCAAGAAGCAAAGGACAAUGGUCACAACCAAGUUGCCGAUUAUCUUUUACAGUGUGUUCGCAACAGUGGUUUUGUUGGGGAUUCCCAACAACAACAACAACAGUUCCCAUUCAAAUCAUACAAUGAUCUUCAUUUUGGUACAAAUAAUAAUAUCAAUCAAUCUUAUUUUAAUAAUCAACAAACCAACAAGGUUUAG